UUUCAACCGAGAAAAUCCGAGUUUGGUAGUCAAGACGAGAAUUUGUUACGUUGUCAACAGGGUUUUUAGUUCUUAGAAUUGUUAUACUUUAUCGCACAUAACGAUGGAAGACCUACAGUCAACAGAAGAGACAUCAUUUGUUAUUGAAGAAGUUACAAAUAUUAUUAAAGAGGCAAUUGAGGGAGCAAUUGGUGGCAAUGCUUAUCAGCAUAACAAAGUGAACCCAUGGACUUCAAAUGUUGUAGAGCAAUGCUUAAACCAGCUAACAAAACUGGGAAAGCCAUUUAAGUAUAUUGUAACCUGUGUUAUAAUGCAGAAAAAUGGUGCUGGUCUCCACACUGCUAGCUCUUGCUACUGGGACAACACAACAGAUGGAAGCUGCACAGUGAGGUGGGAAAAUAAAACCAUGUUCUGCAUUGUGAGUGUGUUUGGUCUUGCGAUAUAAACAGUUCCAGGAGGAAUGAGUACUUUCCAGGCUUCUUCAUGAUGAGUCUUCUGGCUGUGAACAGAAAUGCUGUCAGUAAAAGUGAACAAUGACUAGAGAGAACAGUUUUUAUGGUGGAAAAAACAAAGACUAAAGACCUUCAUACAAUUGUUUUUAUUCAGAGUUUGAUUUUAAGCUAAAAAGCACUGGAUGUCAGAAUUUUGCAGCAGCAUUAACACAGCAUUUUGUAACCUUUUAUUCAAAGUAAUAGUCAAUUUUCUGAACACUUUGUUUAAAUAUUGAUAAAUAAUUAAAGGUGUAAUGUGUUUUACCCUUCCCCAGUUUUGCACACUGACCAAUGUACUUGGCAACCCACCUCCUACACUUUAAUAAUUUGACAUCAUUCAUUUUAGGCUUAGAAGAAAGUAAAUUAUGAUUUAUGUUAGAGAAAGUGCUGUUAGAUGUCUUAAUUCACAAAAGAAAUAUUUGAAUCAAUGCCUGUUUUUCUCUGAAUAUUUGCAUGCUUUAUUUUGAAAUAAUUGAUACAUCAAAGGCACUGUGACAGUAGAUUAAUGCACAUGUUGAAGUUUUAUUCUGGAAUGCCCCAGUAUUUUUUUAGUAAGUAAGACUAUAUAACAUCACUUAGUUCUAUAACAUAAGUUCACAAAUUGACCUACCUUAUUUUGGUUGUUCCAAACCUAUCGUAACUUUCACUGUCAACAUCAUUGCUGUUUAUAGGUUGUAUUUUAGUAGUGUUUUUCUAGUGGCUGCAUGAUAAAGCUACCUACAUUUUCCAUGUAUAUAAGCUUAAAAGUUUUAUAUUUAAAUUUAGGAUAUGUAUUGUACUGAAUUAAAUGAGAAUCUUCACACACAAGUUAAACUUAUGGAACAGACUUAACUACUGGUAAUACAUGGAAUAAACUGUAUGUGUUUAUAAUUAAUUGAAUUUAAAAAAAAAAGGUUCAUAUUGCCCUGAAAUCCUGUCUGAUAUUGAUGGAGAAAAUGUCAAAUGAACACUUUGCAGACCGAAAACAGCUGUAUGAAGUCUUUCCUAGAGUUUUGGUCCACUUUGUAUACAUGGAUCUGUAAACGACAAAUAUUUUACGGUCUUGCUUCACAGAUUCCUUCUGCCAUUUGAAAUCCUUGUUAAAAUGCCCAACAUUGCUAAAGGGAUGGGUUGUCAUUGGCACUAACAACAAACCAUUGCAAAGAUGUAUUUAGAUUUACUUUCUCUUCAAAAUUGAGAAAAUUUACAUCUAAUCCUUUUUGCUAUAUGCUCGGUCUCAUCUGGCUGUAGUAUCUGUCCAUCCAAGUGUUGCAGCAAACAGUUCACACAGGCCAUCUGUCUAUAAACCCAUGUCCCAAAACAUCAAAUCACAAAAUUACAAAAUAACAUGGGCAAAAUCUAGCCAAAGGGCUUGGCAUUGAAACAUACAAAUUAUGAGAAGUGAACAUGGGUCACAAUUAGGAACUGUAGUGAACCAUGAUGAAUGAACUUCCAUUCACCCUGAAGUAAACUGUGUAGUGAGACCCAACAGUUAAUGUAAUCUGGGAUGGCAGUGCAUGUAUGUCACAUAAUUAACACUUGACAACAUGUGAUUGGCUAGAUUUUAUCCACCGAUAUAAAUUUCUAUAAAUACAUAAAUAUAAGACCCUACAUGUGUGAGGUUUUGUUUUUAAGGGGGGGGGGGGGU